UCACUCCAACUGCGUGUUUUUUUGUGUUACUGGUGGAUUAUUGAAAGUUAAUUAAUUAAUUAACGUUUUAUUAUAAUUUAAAUAAAAUGUAUUUGCUGAUUUUAUAAUUAUCCGGUGAUAAUUUAAAUAAUUAUGUCAAAUAAAUCAAGAGGAAAAAGAUUGUCGGGAAAAUUAAAGACAAUGGGAGAUCAUAAUAAAUUUUUGAAUCGUAUUACCAAGUCGCUUUACUAUUCAAAAUUACCGAUGACCGAUCGUCUGAGUCUGCCAGUAACUGAAUUUGCUGCUGAAUUAUUUUCUGAAGUCAAAAGCGGAUGUAGUUUGGAACGUCUUGAUGUUGAAGAAGCUAGCAGGAUCUCCAGAAACGCCUGUGUCUCUCCUUGUUCAUUUGUCUUGGCUCUACUUUACUUGGAACGUUUGAAAGACUGCAAUCCUGAAUAUUUGUACAAAGUUGCACCUUCUGAACUCUUUCUUGUUUCUUUGAUGGUGGCCAGUAAAUUUUUAAAUGACGACGGUGAAGAUGAUGAAGUUUUUAAUGUAGAAUGGGCUAAAUCCGGUGACUUAACUCUUGCGCAAAUAAACCGAUUGGAAAUGGAAUUUCUUGAUGCAAUCAAUUGGACAAUUUAUGUGAAUGAUGAAGAUUUUUGGAAUCGACUGAAAAAAUUAGAAGAGCUCGUGGCUUACAAAGAAGCCAAAAAACGCGGCUGGUUUUCGUAUACAGAAAUAACCUGUCUGAUGGACACGAUACGACUUACGGCAUUAAUAAACACAAUCUUCAGCAUAUCAACAAUUUGCGUAGCGACAUAUGCAGCUGGUCUUGUAACUCUGGUCGGAUCUGCCCUGAUAGCCAGUCACGUUCCCGGAACUUCUUUAGCGCCUCGACAAUCGACCGAAUCCAUACCCGCUGAAUCUCAAUUUAUUUUACCGGAAGCAGAAUCAACUGAGGAAACGGAACUAACUGAUGAUUUCCUAGAGUGCAACGCGACCUGCUACAACUGUGUCAAAUCUCCUACUGUUUCUCCAGCUACAGCUGACAAUACCGGAUGGUUACUCACGAUGAUGGACUGGUUUUCCAAACACGGAGUUUCGAAAAAGAAAUUCGGCUUAGAAAACAAAAUACAAAACUCGGGAGCUUUUAUUACAAACAGUCAGUCGCUGCUGCGUGAUCACGUUCUAUGGGAGGAUCUGAUUGUUGAAAUAAAUUGGAAGGACACUCUGGGAAUUAAUUUUGAGUAUCCGAAAAAAAGUUGGAAGUAUUACGUUGACUAUAUGACCAAGUCAUCGAUCGGUCAUCAGCACUAAUCUGGAUUUGAUAAUUAACUGAUAUAUUAUUAAUAAUAAUAAUAAUUAAUUGGUGAAGCAGUACAGUAAUAAUUAAUACAGUCGUUUAGUUGAUACUAAAUUAUCGUAACUUGAUAAUUAAAUUGGCUGGAUAUUUUUUUAUUGGGAUAAUUAAUAAUUAAGAAUACGUAAAGAUUUUAAA